AGUUUCCUAAAUUCGAGAAUCCUUGCCGGCUGGUGUAAACAAAAGCCGCUCGUUCUUCCUUGUCAAGAGUUCUGUGACUCCUGAUUUUUUUAACUUGUUUUUCUCGGAGAUCCUGCGUUACAGGCCGUACCGUGAUGCCAGCGUAUCUCGUAACUUCGAUGUUUGUGUUAACACUGGUUUCAGCUACGAGGCCAAUGGUGGACCAAAGUGGAGGAGGGAGGUUUGGAAAAGUUGUCGCACCACCCGAGCCAAAGAAAGAAGCGGUACCUGUGCCAAGAGCUGACGAGGAAGUUCACGAAACAUCUCUGGAGGAGGAGGUUGAUGAAGUUCCUGUUGAAACUAAGGGCAAACCAGCCAGGUCGUGGGACACUCGCGUGAGAGAGAUAAGCGGGAAACUCUUGAACCGCUUCAAUUUAGACUUCGGCUCAACUACAAGCUCAGUCGCAAAGGCCCUUGGUAGAGCGUCAGCUGCUGUGCAGGGCAUACCAUUUCCAGGAACAACUUUCUUUAGUACUGUGUUAGCCGUUGUCAUAGGCUCCAGCCCAAUUGCCAGAACGUCGGGUAUGUACUUCUUGGGCAGACUCUUUGGGGUUGUGGAAGACAUUUUAGCGUACUUUGGAGGUUAUGGACGGAAUGACAGGUAUAAUCCUCUUAUAGGCGACCCACAAACAGGUUUCCCAGUGUACAGACAGAGAAGAAUUGAGACAGGAAUGGAAAAUGUCACAGAUUAUAAGAAGCCAUUAAAUUUCUCUGAGGCAGAAUUCAAUGCUACCUCAUACAAUGAUACCUCAUACUAUGAUACCUCAUUCAAUGGUACCUCAUUCAAUGAUACCUCAUUCAGUGGUACCUCUCCGGACUAUUCAUAGUGUUCACUGUAAAAUUGAGUGUUUUAAGUUUAAAAUGCAUUUUGUUUUUCUUGAAGGCUUUAAUGAUAGCCUCAAUAAUGGUAUAAAUGUAUUAAGUGAACGUAAAGCUGAAACCUGAGGUGUUCUUAGAAGUAUAGCAGUGAAUUUGUCGUCGUUUAAUCAAUUUUCAUUCUUUUAACAAAAAUAGUAAAAGUGACAAAAAUAAUUUAGUAGAUCCAUUUUGAAAAGUUUUGUACCAAGAAAAAUGCUUAGUCACAAGGCAUGUAGGAAGCUUAAUUUUCGUGGUAUUGCAAAAUUAAGCUGUAAAUGGUAAAAAAUUACAUUUAAUGGGUAUUAUGGUUAGCUAUGGUUUAGCAAUGGAUCUCUUUUUAAUGCCAAAUUAUACUUGGAAAUGCUGUUAAUAUUCACCGCUAUACAUAAGUAUAACAGUGCAAUGAUGUUUUAUUUACAAAAGCAGUUGAGGUGUAAAAGUUUUGUUUUUGUACUCUGGCAGUAGGAUUAAAUUUGUGCGUGAU